AUGAAUAAGCGACACAUAUUUCUUCGAAUAAUCUUCGUCGUGGUCAACAAUUUGUACGCCAUACCGGCCUACCUGAUGUGGAUCUUACUGAUCAGACCACUUAAAUACAUAUCACUUCCUCUGUAUGACUCAUUAGAGGGUACACUCUAUGGCUGGCUCCUCGAAAUGGUCGCUUUCUGGAUAUGGUCAGCCAAUGUUAUUGUCAGUGAAGUCGGUGACAACUUAAACGACUGCCUCAACGACAACUGCCUCGUGAUGUGCAACCACCAGUCGACCUCUGACGUCCCCGUCCUAAUGUACUACAUGACCUCAAAACCGGACCUCCCAAAUAAACUCAGCUGGAUCAUGGACAUCAUGUUCAAGUAUACAAACUUCGGAUGGGUUUCUCAAGUCCAUCAUGACUUUUUUAUUAAACAGGGUAAGAGUACAAGGGCAGCCCAACUGACGCAGUUGAAGGAAUAUCUACUCAACAUAUACUUGAAGUAUGACAGGAGAUGGCUUAUACUGUUUCCUGAAGGUGGCUUCUUAUAUAAAAGAAAAGAAUCAAGUCAGAAAUACGCACAGAAGUUUGGUUAUCAUCAUCUUGAUUAUUGUACACUGCCAAGAACUGGAGCCCUGCAUACUAUCAUCAACACCCUCGCUUCCGAGAAGGCUGUGGAGGUAGCAAAUGGUAACACCACUACCAGCAUCACCACUUCAUCGCAGAGACAGCAUCAGGGAAGGACGAACGUUAGUUCACCCUCAUCAGAGGGCCCAACACACAACCUAAAAACAUCCAAUGAUACCCUCAGUUUUUCAAACUUGACGACUUCGCCAGUACCCCAAAAACAAACAAUCCAAGAACAAACAGCAGCAGUAGCAACAACGUCAACAAAAAAUCUCAAAUACCUCAUAGACUUAACCAUCCUCUACCCGAGCGAUAAUGCGCCCAGUGCAUUCAGCCUAAUUUGCAGACGCCGGCUCGCGACUAAUCCGCUCCACAUCAUCAUUGCCUGUCGCAAAUUCUCAAUCGGGAAGAUCAGUCAGAUGUCAGCCGAGCAGUUUCAGACUUGGAUCUUCAAUCGCUGGCUGGAGAAGGAUAACAUGCUGAAGGAGUUCUACUCUACUGGGAAGGUUCACUUGAAGGAGUAUGACGAAGAUGAUGGUGGUGAGGUUUUUGAGGACGACGCCAAGAAUGACGAUCACGAAAAUGACGAGUACGUACAAGCGGUCAGUACGUAUUACACUGAUCAUGUUAGCGGUGGUAGGGUGAGCGAACAUUUCGCCAGGUCGGCUAAUAAUAAUGGUAAGAUAGGUGGCGGCUUGGAUGCAAAAAGUUAUGAUGGCGGUGAUGCUGCUGGGAGUGCUUCGAAAAGUUCAAGUGGUGAUGGUUCAAAGGAGGAUGAUGUUUCGAGAGAGGAUGACGUUUCAAAAGAUGACGUCACGAAAGAUGAUAAUAAUACUUCUACUCACAGCAACAACAACGAUGAUGAUGAUGAUGACGAUGUUGAUGAGACGUUAAACAAGUUGAACGACAACAGCUGUAAAGAUGACAAAAAGGUUCUUGCGGAUUUCGGCGACGUGGUUAACAGAUCGGCCGCAACAGCCACACCGACAACAACCACACCACCAACAACCACACCACCAACAACCACACCACCAACACCGACAACAACAGACUCAUCAUCGGCUCCACCAACAAGCAAAUGCAACACUAACCAUCAUCAGCAUAAUGAUGAUGACAAGAACGACAGCAGCGACAAUGAAGACAACUACGGUGACAUCAACAACGAGUUCAUCAGGUCAGUUCGCAGGACCAUGCUCGAGCCAUUGGACGAUCCACUGGCCAAUCACAGUCUGCCGAUUAGGGAUGGCAAUUCAGGGAUGCGCCGGGUUGAGCUGAACAUCUUCCAUGAAUCAAAGUUGAUAAAAUUGUUUCAAAAAAGUUCAAUCAGAGGUAGAAAAUUUUUCGAAGACGGCAGACGAGCUUGUUUGAUGACGUCGGCCAGCCAGCGAUUCUUUGCCAGAGCUUCAAUCAUUUUUAGUUGGAUGCCUUGUGAACAGGCGGUUAAUUUAUACAUCAGUGAUUAA